AUGGGGGUGCGCGGGGAUGUCUGGCUGGAACGCGAUGAAAAGUUCAAGGAAGCCAUUGAAUGGGUUGAAGGUCACAUGCAAGACAUGGCAGACAAAGCAUGCUCCAAGUUGAGCCAGAAGCUGAUGGAAAACUUUAGGACUCUCAUAACAGCAAAAACUUCAUGGAAGAGUCCCCUUAUAGUUAGUAAGCUUCUGCCCAUCUUCCUUCUUUUAAGAAAUAAUCAGAGUAAGAUCGAAAAGCCUUACUAUCAGAGCAUAAAAGCUAGCAAAAGAGCUGGGAAUAUCUCGUAUGGCUCCAAAGAUCAUAGAGUAGGGGUUAGACUCCUAAAAAGCUCUUGGUCAUAUUUGACACACAAUGUCAACAUAACCUUAGAUAUUUCUAAUACUGGAAAAGUGUUUCCAGAUCAGACGCUAAUCUUCGCGAAUUCUCGAGAAAUACAGUUUGCCGCCACACGGAUUGAUUGGAAGGAGACGCCGGAAGGCCACGUGUUCAAAGCUGAUCUUCCCGGACUGAAGAAGGAGGAUGUGAAGGUUGAAGUUGAGGAAGGGAACAUCCUGCAGAUUAGUGGAGAGAGGAACAGGGAGAUGGAGGAGAAGAAUGACAGCUGGCACCGCAUGGAGAGGAGCUCCGGAAAAUUCCUUCGCCGGUUNUGA